CUUCAAAAGACAUUACUAAAACAGUCAAAGAAAUUAAAUUUAAAAAUAUGUUUGGACCUCGAAUUUUAAAUGAAAGAGAAGAAAAUAUCGAAAUUUUAAAUGAAGGAGAAGAAAAUAUCGAAAUUUACAAAGAACAAUAUUUCGAACUUGUCAAUAAACACAAUCCAAAAAUUAAAUUUUCUGUUUAUAUUGAAGAAGAUGAAUAUGAGGAAAAUUAUCUCGUGAUAAUUGAUGCUGUAAUUGAAAGAAUUUAA